CACCCACCCACACACACACACAUACACCCCUCCGCUGCGACUCACGUGAGCCCGCGCCAGCAGUUCGUUGAAGUGCAGAACCACUGACUCCGCCCGCGCUACGAGGACGGUGGCGACGCCCGUGCCGCAGGGUUUCAGGGGGAGAGUGGAGAUCAUCCCGAUGAUGAUGCGAGGUGGAAGGCUCACGGGUUUGACCUCUCAGGUUCUGAGCAUGAGGUGCUUCAGCACGGAAAUAUUUGUCAGCAGAUUAUCAUUCUAUACAACGGAGGAAGAAUUCAAAGAUGUCUUUUCAUCAUUUGGCACCGUAGAGGAAGCUCGACUUAUGCGAGACCAGCAAACUGGAAGGAUCAAGGGAUUUGGUUUUGUCAAAUAUUCAUCGCAAGCAGAGGCAGAGAAAGCUGUCAAGGCAAUGGAUGGCAGGAUUCUACGUGGAAGAUUGAUCUUUGUGGAGAUGGCAAAAGAACAGAAAAGCAAGUAGGACACCCUCCACUGCAGAGGAUUUCACCAUUUUGGCUUUUGCCAACAAAUUGAUGGCAAGCUUAUCUCCAAGUGUUAAAAGUCUUCGGUUACCCCGUGCACUCCCCCGGUUUUGGUUCAUGAGCAAUCACAUUUGUUACGGAAGCUGGUGCACUUCAGCUUGUAUGUUCAUUUCUGAACAUGAAACAUGAGAGUGCCAUCAGCUUAUGUCAGAUGGCAAAUAUCCGAAAUUCCCAAUUGCUGAUGUAACUUAUAUACAAAGCAGAAGUUGAGUUUAUUUUGGCUAGUUUCUCUUUAGUAACACUGCUACCUUGCCAAUUGAAAGGUUGCCGUCUAUGUGUUUUGGUUUCUGUUGUCUGUGUAAGAAAUGUUAGCAACUCUGCCUACGAACUAACCUGGUUCGUAAUGCAUUGUUAAUGAUUUUAGAAAUGAA